UCUAACCCAUGUGAAGAGAAUGAUGGGCGUGGCCCGUGCUCACACCUGUGUCUCAUCAAUUACAACCGUACUGCAUCCUGUACCUGUCCACACCUCAUGAAACUGUCCCCCAACAAACAAUCUUGUGUCGGUGAGUGGGACAGCCAUCUUCAAUCCUGUAACACCUGUAUCUAAAGAACCUACAUUUCUUUUGACAUAUUUAUGAUUUCAUUGGCAUUUGUGAAGUAUUGACUUGGGAUUAUGAUUUGGGAUAAACAUCAGCAUUUGCAUGUCAUAUCUUACCCCCAUUACUAUAUCUGACUAAAAAGGUCAACCGCUUCACAAAUCAAUGGUAGCCAUUGAUAUUUCUCUCCCCAUCUAAUUUCUCCAUAGUGUUGAAAAGGUUUCUCCUGUACAUCCGGCGGUCAGAGAUCCGUGGGGUGGAUAUUGACAACCCUUACAUGAAUGUCAUGACGGCGCUGACCGUCCCAGACAUUGAUGACGUCACAGUGGUAGAUUACGACACCCAGGAGGAGAGGAUCUACUGGGCGGAUGUAAAAACACAGACCAUCAAACGGGCCUUCAUCAAUGGCACCCGCCUGGAGACUGUCAUCUCUGGAGGUAGUUAAUGGCUGAAUCCCACAUUUUUACCAGGGACCAUAGGGCUCUGGUCAAAAGUAGUUCAGUAUGUAGGGAAUAAGGUUCCACUUGGGACACAGUCUGUCCUUCAAGUGUGUAACUCAGAGAGAUAAUAAUGUAACAGAGGUGGUUGAGUCAUGGUGAGUUACCUUGCCUAAGACGUGACGACUCGUGUUAACUCCCCCGAGCUAAUUCCCAAGCUUUCGCUCAGUUGGCUAACAUAGCUUUGUGGUGUGCAGGAACUCUGGGUACAAUACUGUAUAGGCCUUUAAAUAACAUAGUGCCAGGGCCUGCCACUCAUUUGAUUAAUAUGAUGGACAUUUUACAUUUCAAGAGCUUGGGACAUUAGUUUGAAUUGCGUCAGCAAUUUGUAUCUAUUAUUUGUUUGAACUUAACAACAUGAAUUCGGGUAUUUAGAGUACUAUAUAGUUAGAGAACAUUGAACAGAACAAGGUUAUGUCAAUAACUCAAUUUUGACAAAAAUUCAAAUAGAACCUUUUAGUCCCAAGCUCUUGGUUUUCUGAUUGACAUUGCAAAGGGAUGAAACACUGAGUCAAGACAAAGGCAGGAAAUAACUUAUACGAUCAUUUGUUUUGCUGUGGCUUUGAUGGGAAUAUCUGUUUUGCCAAAUUGUAUUGCAUGAAAGUACAUCAAAGCACAAAAGACAAUUGUUGUUUUUCAAGAAGUGCCUCCUCUCUCCUUUCUCUGAUGAUUAUCCACAGAGCACACCCUAAUUCCCGUUCUUAAAAUUUGUGCCGGAGAUUUAAUUAAUGACUUCCUGAUACAGAACAGAACAACAACCUGCCUGUAUAAGCUUUUUGACACACUCCAUUAUAAUCUUUACUUCGGUAACACAUUAUUUUAAGGGUCCAUAAUAAAGCAUUUAUAAACCAUUUAUAAAGGCAUUUACAAACCGUUUGCUUAACCAUUUAUUAAUCAUGACUCCCACAUUUGUAAAUGUUAGGAAGCUAGUUAUUCACACGUGUGUAUAUAUAUAUAUAUAUAUAAAUAUAUUUAUAUAUAUAUAUAUAUAUAUAUAUAUAUUUCACUAAACAUCCUGUGUUGUGUGCUUAUUAUUUUACCAGGUACUGCUGGAAUGUCUACCAAUGGCAUGCCCAUCUUUUUGUGAGAAAUUACCCUGGUCACUCAAAACAUUUAUAAAGUAUUUAUAAACUAUAAAUAGCGCUCACUUUAGAUUAGGGACUGCAAAAAUACUUUACUGAUGAUUAGUAAAUGGUUUAUAAAUGUGGGAGUAAUGAUUAAUAAAUUAUGAACACACACUUUAUAAAUGCCUUAUAAAUGGUUUAUUACGGAUUCUUAAAAUAAAGUGUUACCUUUACUUCCUCUGUAAUAUAUAGAUUUUUUAAAAUCCUCUCAUCUUGUUAGGAAACAUCAACAACAGGUCUGUAUAUUAUCCUGUCUAACUGAUGACCCAUGUGAUUCUGUAAAACUAGAUGUUGGAUUGACACCCUCGCUCUCUUUGUUAUCCCCUCAGAUAUACUAAACUGCCGCGGGCUGGCAUUAGACUGGCUCUCUAGGAACUUAUACUGGCUCAGCUCAGAGAAUGACGAAUCUCAAGUCAAUGUCGCUCGCCUGGAUGGUUCCCUGAAGACCUCUGUCAUUCAUGGGAUUGAUAAACCAAGGUGCCUUGUCGUGCACCCCGCCAAGGGGUAAGUAGAUUAAACCACCAUCUGUGAACUUCAUCAUUAUCUUCCGGGGCUCACCGUCAGCGUGGGAUUAGGGAAAACAAAGACCUUCCAUGGGUAGACAAGACACUUUGAUGUUUUCAUAAAAGUGCAUUUCCAAGCUUCUGUCAUGAAAAAAACUUUAACAAUAGAAUUUGCAGCAAUUAUUCAGUGGAAAUAUUUAUUUUGUAUGCAAUUUUGCCACACAGUAUCAACAUGAAAAAAGUAAACAGCUCUCAGUAACUACAACUAAAUGUAUUCAUCCUAAUCAGACAGGUUUUUUACAUGGACGAUACAUUGGAGAUAAUAUAAGACAAGUACUGAAAACAAUAGAACACUAUGAAACAUCUGGGAAACCAGGUCUGGUAUUCAUAGCUGACUUUGAAAAGGCCUUUGAUAAAGUACGACUGGAAUUUAUAUAUACGUAAAUGCAUGGAAUAUUUACAUUUUGGAGAAUCUCUUAUACAAUGGGUUAAAGUUAUGUAUAGUAACCCCAGGUGUAAAAUGGUAAAUAAUGGCUACUUCUCAUAAAUAAUUAAAUUGUCAAAAGGAGUAAAAAAAGGCUGUCCUUUAUUGACAUAUUUAUUUAUCUCAUCGAAAUGUUAGCAAUUGAAAUCAGAUCCAACAAUAAUGUCAAGGGGCUAGAACUCCAGGACUUAAAAACAAAAGUGUCAUUGUACGCUGACGAUUCAUGUUCUUUUAAAUACGCAAUUUGGAUCCCUGCACAGCCUCAUAGAGGAUCUAGAUCAUUUUUCUAACCUCUCUGGAUUAAAACCAAAGUAUGAUAAAUGCAUCAUAUUACGUAUUGGAUCUCUAAAAAAUACAACUUUUACAUCAUCAUGUAGUUUACCAAUAAAAUGGUCCGCCGGUGAAGUGGACAUACUCUGUAUUCAUAUCCCAAAAUAAAUUAAUUAUUUCACAACAAUACAUUUUAAUAGAAGUUAGCCAAAUUAGUUAAGAUGUUGCUACCAUGGAAAGGACAACACCUGUCUAUUUGUAGAAAAAUCAACCUUAUGCAUAUCCCAGUUUAUCUAAUUACUUAUGGCCCUGCCUACACCUAACAACUUGUUUUUGAAAUUGUAUGAGCAAAAAAAUAUUCCAAAAAACAAACCACACUAAAUUAAACAGGCCUAUUUAUAUAAUGAAUAUGAAUUCGGAGUACAGAAAUGAUAAAAUAUUAAAGCAUUGGACCUUUCACAAAAGGCUUCAGUCAUACAAAAACUAUACUUAAAUCCAAACUGGUUCUCUAGCAGAUUAGUAAAAAUGCUCACCCCAUGUUCAAGAAUGGCCUUUUUCCCUUCAUUCAGAUUACAACCUCUCACUUUUGGUUAUUUGAAAAUUAAAAUAUCGCUAUUUUUAAAACAAGCAACAGAAAACUGGUUGCAAUUUCAGUUUAAUCCACCACAAAAGACAAAAAAAGAAAAAAAGAAAAGAAACAAAUAUUAGAACAUGUAUUAUGGUUAAACUUAAAUGUACUAAUUGAUUAAAAACAUAUAUAUAUUUUUGGAAUAAAUGUUUAAAAACUGUAUAAUCUGUGUAAAUUAUAUCAUGAAUAGGACUGGUGGAGUUAUGUCACACAUGCAGUUAAACAUACAUGGAAAUGUCUGCUCUAUUCAAAAUUACAACCAACUGAUUGCAGCAUUACCGCAAAAAUGGAGGAGGCAAGUGGAAAGGGGAGAAGGUAAGGAACUUAUCUGUCGGCCCUGCAUUAAAGAUCAAAAUUGGCUAAAGAAAAUUGUGAUGAAUAAAAAACUAUACCAGAUUAAUUUAAGGACCCAAAAAUGGACAGCUGCACCAUACAGGUUGCAAAAUAAUUAGGAGAUUUUUGGUGUACCGAUUCCAUGGGACAUGGUUUAUGAACUGAUACACAAAACGACGCCGGAUUCAAAACUUAUUAUACAACAUUUUUGCAACCAAUAGAAUUAUACAUAUACAGUGCAUUCGGAAAGUAUUCAGACCCCUUGACCUUUUCCACAUUUUGUUACGUUACAGCCAUAUUCUAAAACGGAUUAAAGAAAAUGUUUUCCUCAUCAAUCUACACACAAAGUGAAAACAGGUUUUUAGAAUGUAUUGCAAAUGUAUUAAAAAUUCAGACCCUUUGCUAUGAGACUCGAAAUUGAGCUCAGGUGCAUCCUCUUUCCAUUGAUCGUCCUUGAGAUGUUUCUACAACUUGAUUGGAGUCCACCUGUGGUAAAUUCAAUUGAUUUGACAUUAUUUGGAAAGGCACACACCAGUCUAUAUAAGGUCCCACAGCUGACAGUAAAUGUCAGAGCAAAAACCAAGCCAUGAGGUCGAAGGAAUUGUCCGUAGAGCUCCGAAACAGGAUUGUGUUGAGGCACAGAUCUGGGGAAGGGUACCAAAAAUAUCUGCAGCAUUGAAGGUCCCCAAGAACACAGUGGCCUCCAUCAUUCUUAAAAUUGAAAAAGUUUGGAACCACCAAGACUCUUCCUAGCGCCCGGCCAAACUGAGCAAUCGUGGGAGAAGGACCUUGGUCGUGAGGUGAACAAGAACCUGAUGGUCACUCCGACAGAUCUCCAGAGUUCCUCUGUGGAGAUGGGAGAACCUUACAGAAGGACAACCAUCUCUGCAGAACUCCACCAAUCUGGACUUUAUGGUAGAGGGUCCAGACUGAAGCCACUCCACAGUAAAAGGCAGAUUACAGCCCGCUUGGAGUUUGCCAAAAGGCACCUGAAGGACUCUCAGAACAUGAGAAACAAGAUUGUCUGGUCUGAUUAACCAAGAUUGAACUCUUUGGCCUGAAUGCCAAGCGUCAUGUCUGGAGGAAACCUGGCACCGUCCCUACAGUGAAGUACGGUGUUGGCAACAUCAUGCUGUGGGGAUGUUUUACAGCGGCGGGGACUGGAAGACUAGUCAGGAUCAAGGGAAAGAUGAACGGAGCAAAGUACAGAGAGAUAUUUGAUGAAAACCUGCCCCAGAGCGCUCAGGACCUCAGACUGGGGCGAAGGUUCACCUUCCAACAGGACAACAACCUUAAGCACACAGCCAAGACAACGCAGGAGUGGCAUUGGGACAAGUCUCUGAAUGUCCUUGAGUUGAACAGCCAGAGCCUGGACCCGAUCGAACAUCUCUGGAGAGACCUGAAAAUAGCUGUCCGCAUCCAACCUGACAGAGCUUGAGAGGAUCUGCAGAGAAGAAUGGGAGAAACUCCCCAAAUACAGGUGUGCCAAGCUUGUAGCGUCAUACCCAAGAAGACUUGAGGCUGAAAUCACUGCUAAAGGUGCUUCAACAAAGUACUGAGUAAAGGGUCUGAAUACUUAUGUAAAAGUUAUAAAAACCUGUUUUUGCUUUGUCAUUAUGGGGUGUUGUGUGUAGAUAGAUUUUUUUUGGGGGGGGAAAUGAUUUAAUCAAUUUUAGAAUAAGGCUGUAGUGUAUCAAAAUGUGGAAAAAGUCAUGGCAUCUGUAUACUUUCCAAAUGCACUUUAUAUGGGGGGAUACAAACGUCCCAGCUCUGCAGAUUUUGCUUUGAAGAGACAAAAUCAUUAGAUCACUUGUUUUGGUACUGCCCAUAUGUAGCUUGUUUUUGGUUGCAGGUUCAGGAAUGGCUGAAAAAAAUGCUACAUUUACUUGGAGCUAACUCUGCAAAGAGCACUGCUGGGUGAUUUGAUAAGUCAUAGUCAAUUGAUCAAUAAUAUAAUAAUAGUCUUAGCAAAGGUGUUUAUCUUUAAUUUACAAUCUGUAGAAACUAUGAGAUUAGAAAGAUUCACAACUUUUGUGAAACAUCCCAGCACAGUGGAAAAAUACUGUACAUGGCAGCUAGAAAUCAAAACUAGAUGGUCUUCAGAGAUAGAUGGGAGGGGUUGAGGGUAGCUGAACAGAUAACUAAUAUAAAAUAUACUGUCCGUAUACUGUCCGAAUGUAGUAAACUGGAAGUGGAAGCCUAAGUAUUGUUGUCCAUUAGUUUACUUCAAUUAGGGGAGGGGUGGAAGUGUAAAUAUACACUACCGGUCAAAAGUUAUAGAACACCUACUAAUUCAAGGGUUUUAUUUAUUUUUACAAUGUUCUACCUUGUAGAAUAAUAGUGAAGACAUCAAAACUAUGAAAUAACACAUAUGGAAUCAUGUAGUAACCAAAACAUUGUUAAACAAAUCAAAAUAUAUUUUAUAUUUGAGAUUCUUCAAAUAGCUACCCUUUGCCUUGAUGACAACGUUGCACACUAUUGGGAUUCUCUCAACCAGCUUCACCUGGAAUGCUUUUCCAACAGUCUUGAAGGAGUUCCCACAUAUGCUGAGCACUUGUUGGCUGCUUUUCCUUCACUCUGCGGUCCGACUCAUCCCAAACCAUCUCAAUCUGGUUGAGGUCAGGGGAUUGUGGAGACCAGGUCAUCUGAGGCAGCACUCCAUCACUCUCCUUCUUGGUAAAAUAGCCCUUACACAGCCGGGAGGUGUGUUGGGUCAUUGUCCUGUUGAAAAACAAAUUAUAGUCCCACUAAGCCCAAACCAGAUGAGAUGGUGUAUCACUGCAGAAUGCUGUGGUAGCCAUGCUGGUUAAGUGUGCCUUGAAUUCUUAAUAAAUCACAAACAGUGUCACCAGCAAAGCACCCCCACACCAUAAUAAUAACAAUAAUAACAACACCUCCUCCUCCAUGUUUUACGGUGGGAAAUAGACAUGCAGAGAUAAUCCGUUCACCCACACCGCGUCUCACAAAGACACGGCGGUUGUAACCAAAAAUCUCAAAUUUUGACUCCAGACCAUAGGACACAUUUUCACCGGUCUAAUGUCCAUUGCUCGUGUUUCUUGGCCCAAGCAAGUCUCUUCUUAUUAUUGGUGUCAUUUGGUAGUGGUUUCUUUGCAGCAAUUCGACCAUGAAGGCCUGAUUCACUCUGUCUCCUCUGAACAGUUGAUGUUGAGAUGUUUCUGUUACUUGAACUCUUUGAAGCAUUUAUUUGGGCUGCAAUUUCUGAGGCUGGUAACUCUAAUGAACUUAACCUCUGCAGCAGAGGUAACUCUGGGUCUUCCAUUCCUGUGGCGGUCCUCAUGAGAGCCAGUUUCAUUAUAGCGUUUGAUGGUUUUUGGACUGCACUUGAAGAAACUUUCAAAGUUCUUGAAGUUUUCCGGAUUGACUGACCUUCAUGUCUUAAAGUAAUAAAACCUCCAACCUUGUCACAACACAACUGAUUGGCUCAAACGCAUUAAGAAGGAAAGAAAUUCCACAAAUUAACUUUUAACAAGGCACACCUGUUAAUUGAAAUGCUUUCCAGGUGACUACCUCAUGAAGCUGUUUGAGAGAAUGCCAAGAGUGUACAAGGCUGUCAUCAAGGCAAAGGGUGGCUAUUUGAAGAAUCUCAAAUAUUUGUUUAACACUUUUUUGGUUACUACAUGAUUCCAUAUGAGUUAUUUCAUAGGUUUGAUGUCUUCACUAUUAUUCUACAAUGUAGAAAAUAGUAAAAAUAAAGAAAACCCCUUGAAUGAGUAGGUGUGUCCAAACUUUUGACUGGUAGAGUAUAUAUUUAAAAUAACAUAUUUACAAAAAAAUAUGAUAUGGUGGAUUGGAAAUUAUGCAGACAAUUACAUUGAUAGAAGGCACAAUCUAUCUGCAAGAUUAAUGCUGAUCUACCCCCUAAAUUCAACAAAUGCAUUAAGAACUACAGUAUAAGGAAAUUAUAAAUAGAACUGUAAACAUGUAAUGUAAUGUGUAAUGUGUGUGUAACUGUAUGCUUCUGAUGUUCUUUAACUUUAGGAAAAUCUACUGGACAGAUGGCAACACGAUAAACAUAGCCAACAUGGAUGGGAGCAACAGCAAGGUCCUUCACCAGAACCAACGGGAACCAGUCGGUCAGUUGAACAUUAUAGCUCUGUUUGUUCAGACUGUGGAACACUACUGCAUGUUCCAACACUAUGAUUCCAACAUUAUUUAUCAUGGGACAGAUUCCACUGUCAUACACAGGAGCAGUACAACAAGCUGGCAGUACCUGCCUUGGCCAAUGUAGGGUGUACAUUUGAGUACUUCCCUAGUCCUGAUAACGAAAGGCCUAAAAUGAACACCAUACAUAUUUUUACCUGCAUAUCCCCUGAUCAUCAGCACUGGUUGAUGUUUUUUUUCCUAUUCUUAGAAAGCAAAAUAAAAAAUGGUUGGGGUUUAAAUAAUUUGCUACACUUGAACUAACUGAAAACCUCUUCUGCUGCCAUACACAGUUGUUCAACCUGAACUUGUAUACUCAGAUGAUACAAGCUUCAGUGAACAAUUGUGCAUCUGCAGGUUCAUGCAUCAAGCAGCUGUUCUGUUCUCACAGCGUAGGCAGACCUGCAAGGUCAAGUCUUCACUUUCUCAGUUAAACACAGUAUCAUUGUCUUUGAUGGGUCUCAAUCGGGUUGACUUGAUGGGCUCUGUCAGAAAUAUAAAUUGACGGUACUUCAUUUAUGAUGAUGGGCCGGACCUGGGGACGGAGUAAAUUAAUGAUGUGUUGUGACUGUGAAUCUGCCUUCCAUAAAUCCACACACAGAGAAAGCUGUUCCUAGACACAAUUGAAAUAGCCCCCAGUUGCCACCAUCAAUAGUGCCAUUCUGUAAAAUCCCAUCAUGUCCGCUAGAGAAUGGUCAAAUUAUUUAUAAUGUCAAGUGAAGGUCAUAGAGAUAUCCCAGGCAGGCCGCAACGAAUCAUUCCAACAACCACACACACACACGCACACACUCGCAAACACACAGGCACGCACACACUUGCAAACACAGACACAUGCACACUCACACCACCACUCAAUCCUAUAGAUACAAGUAAAGGCCCACUGUACAGUCGUGGUCAAAAGUUUUGAGAAUGACACAAGUAUUGGUCUUCACAAAGUUCGCUGCUUCAGUGUUAUGAGAUAUUUUUGUCAGAUGUUACUAUGGUAUACUGAAGUAUAAUUACAAGCAUUCCAUAAGUGUCAGAGGCUUUUAUUGACACUUACAUUAAGUUUAUGCAAAGAGUCAACAUUUGCAGUGUUGACCCUUCUUUUUCAAGACCUCUGCAAUCCGCCCUGGCAUACUGUCAAUUAACUUCUGGGCCACAUCCUGACUGAUGGCAGCCCAUUCUUGCAUAAUCAAUGCUUGGAGUUUGUCAGAAAUUGUGGGUAUUUGUUUGUCCACCCGCCUCUUGAGGAUCGACCAAAAGUUCUCAAUGGGAUUAAGGUCUGGGGAGUUUCCUGGCCAUGGACCCAAAAUGUCGAUGUUUUGUUCCCCGAGCCACUUAGUUAUCACUUUUGCCUUAUGGCAAGGUGCUCCAUCAUGCUGGAAAAGGCAUUGGUCGUCACCAAACUGUUCUUGGAUGGUUGGGAGAAGUUGCUCUCGGAGGAUGUGUUGGUACAAUUCUUUAUUCAUGGCUGUGUUCUUAGGCAAAAUUGUGAGUGAUCCCACUCCCUUGGCUGAGAAGCAACCCCACACAUGAAUGGUCUCUGGAUGCUUCAUUGUUGGCAUGACAGAGGACUGAUGGUAGCGCUCACCUUGUCUUAUCCGGACAAGGUGUUUUCCGGAUGACCCAAACAAUCGAAAAGGGGAUACAUCAGAGAAAAUGACUUUACCCCAGUCCUUAGCAGUUUAAUCCCUGUACCUUUUGUAGAACAUCAGUCUGUCCCUGAUGUUUUUCCUGGAGAGAAGUGGCUUCUUUGCUGCCCUUCUUGACACCAGGCCAUCCUCCAAAGUCUUUGCCUCACUGUGCGUGUAGAUGCACUCACACCUGCCUGCUGCCAUUCCUGAGCAAGCUCUGCACUGGUGGUGCCCCGAUCCCACAGCUGAAUCAACUUUAGGAGACCAUCCUGGCACUUGCGGUACUUUCUUGGGCGCCCUGACGCCUUCUUCACAACAAUUGAACCUCUCUCCUUUAAGUUCUUGAUGAUCCGAUAAAUGGUUGAAAUAGGUGCUAUCUUACUAGUAGCAAUAUCUUUGCCUGUGAAGCCCUUUUUGUUCAAAGCAAUGAUGACGGCACGUGUUUCCUUGCAGGUACCAUGGUUAACAGAGGAAGAACAAUGAUUUCAAGCACCACCCUCCUUUUAAAGCUUCCAGUCUGUUAUUCUAAUUCAAUCAGCAUGACAGAGUGAUCUCCAGCCUUGUCCUCGUCAACACUCUCACCUAUGUUAACGAGAGAAUCACUGACAUAAUGGCAGCUGGUCCUUUUGUGGCAGGGCUGAAAUGCAGUGGAAAUGUUUUGGGGGGGGGAUUAAGUUCAUUUUCAUGGCAAAUAGGGACUUUGCAAUUAAUUGCAAUUCAUCUGAUCACUCUUCAUGACAUUCUGGAGUAUAUGCAAAUUGCCAUCAUCAAAACUGAGGCAGCAGACUUUGUGAAAAUGUGUAUUUGUGUCAUUCUCAAAACGUUUGACCACGACUGUACAUCCAUACUGACACAUAUGGAGUCACAUCCCAGGCCGCAAAAAGUAUUCAAACAAUCUCACACUCACCCUCACAGUAUCAUCUCCAUGUCCAAGAAAGGGAAAGUAACUGAACUGAAUGACUACCGACCCGUAGCACUCGCUUCCGUCAUCAUGAAGUGCUUUGACAGUCAAAGACCACAUCACCUCCUCACUUCCUCCCUCCCCGACACACUCGAUCCUCUCCAAUUCGCCUACCACCCAACAGAUCCACGGACGAUGCAAUCGCCACUGUACUGCACGCUGCCCUCACCCACCUGGACAAGAGGAAUGCAUAUGUGAGGAUGCUGUUCAUCGAUUACAGCUCAGCCUUCAAUACCAUGGUGCACUCUAAGCUCACCACAAAGCUCACGGCCUUGGGACUGAACUCAUCCCUAUGCAACUGGGUCCUGGAGUUCCUGACGGGCCGCCCCCAGGUGGUGAAGGUAGGCAAUAUUAAUUCCUCCAAACUGAUCCUCACAAGGUUUAUUCCUCAGUCCCCUCCUGUACUCCCUGUAUACCCACGACUGCGUGGCCUCACACAGUUCCAACUCCCUCAUCAAGUUCACUGAUGACAUGACCAUAGUAGGCCUGAUUACCAACAAUGACGAGACGGCCUACAGGGAGGAGGUAGGCACUCUGAUGGUGUGGUGCCAGGUGAACAACCUAUCCCUCAACAUCAGCAAAACAAAGGGGCUGAUUGUGGAUUUCAGGAAGAACCAGGCUGGGCAUGCCCACAUCCUCAUCAACGGAGCCGCCGUGGAGACAGUUGAAAAUACAUCUGAAAUGGUCAAACCACACCGACACCGUGGUGAAGAAGGCACGACAGUGACUCUUCAACCUCAGGAGGCUGAAGAAAUUUGGCAUGUCUCUUAGGGCCCUCACUGUGUUCUACAGGAGCACCAUCGAGAGCAUACUGUCGGGCUGCAUCACAGCCUGAUAUGGCAACUCCACUGCCGCAGACCACAAGGCGCUACAGAGGGUGGUACACUCAGCCGAAUGCACCAUUGGGUGCACACUGCCUGCCCUCCAGGACACCUACAACUCCAGGUGUCGCAGGAAGGCCAAGAAGAUCAUCAGGAACAUCAGCCGCCCGAGCCACGGCCUGUUCUCCCCGCUUCCAUCACUCAGACGCGGGCUGUACUGGAGCAUCAUGGAUAGCACUAACAGACUGGCCAAUAUAUUCUACCGCCAAACCAUCAGGCUGCUGAAUAAAAUGCACUAUAUGUCACCACUCACCAGGUUUUCAUUUUAUAGUGACAUAAAGGUUUAAUACCUAUUAUUAACCCCGUCAUUCUUCUCCCCCAGGUCUUUCCAUAGACUACACAGCCAACAAGCUGUACUGGAUCAGCUCUGGUAAUGGCACUAUCAACAGGUGCAAUGUGGACGGUAAUGGUCUGGAGGUGCUGGAGAGCAUGAAGAGGGAGCUAACCAAAGCCUCAGCAUUGGCCGUUAUGGGUGAGUAGUGGUUAGUUUCAAACAUAGUGUACCCACAUCCAAUUACUGGUGGUCCUUUGUAGCUCAGUGGGUAGAGCAUGGCACUUGUAAUGCCAGGGUUGUGGGUUCAAUUCCCGGGACCACCCCUUUGUAAAAUGUAUGCCCGCAUUACUGUAAGUCGCUUUGGAUAAAAGUGUCUGCUAAAUGGCAUUUAUUAUUAUCAUCAUAUUAAUGACUUGCAGGUGCUGGGUACACAAAAUAUAAACUCAGGAAAUAAAGAAUAGAUAUCUGCACGUUGAUGAAGGCUCCCGCUGUGGUAUUGUGCAAUGUUUCGACCUGAAGGUCUUCGUCAGGCUUGAAUAGUGGAAAAAGUCAGCCAGUAAAUCAGAUCCACGUCAUGGAUUAAGGGAGAACGUGGGGAGGAUUACGGCCAAGGCAUGAUAUGUGUUGCUAGUUGGCUCCUGGAUAAAGAUAUUUAACCAAUACUAUGUUUUGACUGUGACAGUUCUGCUUCACACUGUGUGAAAUUGUCUGGGCAUUAGAUAAUUAAAAUACUGGUUGGAGCUGCAGCUUGAUUGAUGUAAUUAAAAUGGAUCUUCUUUUCAAUAAGAUGGCAUUUCUUUCCCAAGACCAUUUGUUUUGUUGUGCCAUUGCACCAUACAUAAUACAAAGACUCACGCAUGAAUGAACUGAUUCCCAAACUUGGUCACACUUUAAUGCAAAAGCCUAUGUGUAGUCACAGUCUAGUUUAAGUUGAAAAGUUUGCAAGGAGUUUGGAAUCUGUGAAUGCAACUUUUUCAAUAAACAUUUAAACAUAGUGGGAAUAGAAAUUAGAACGUUAUCAUUCUACAUUAUUUUUCCUCCACUGUCAACUAGUCAGCCGCAUGGUAGUACUUAAAUUGAAGAGAGGAAAGUAAAGUUUGUCCUCAGAGGAUGACAAAACAUAUAUGCCAAACAUCCAAGUAGGGGAAUGUUAAUGGGAUUGAUUUAAGACCAGAUGGAAAGGGAAAAUUAAGACCACAGUGUCUCAUAAGACAUUUAAUUCAGCACAAAGCAUCUGGCUUCUUAAUUGCAUUACACUCGCUACACCAUUUUGGAUUCAGGAUACAUUAUUUUUUUACUACACGUCCUAACAGUUACAAUCUGGACAAUUGGGAGGAAGCCUCUAGCUGUAUGAAGGUACAUGUCUGUUUGCCAGGAGUGGUAAUGAGAAGCAGUGACAGAAGUUUGCUGUUUUUAACUUGGUGUUGACGGUCAGAACAGUUGUCAGAGGAAAAAAUGCACUGUCCUUUGAUAUACGCCGUACUGUAUUUAGUCAUUGCAGUGCAGGCCUAGCUUCCUCGUUCCUCAGCGAACAAACGUGUGCCUCUCUCUCACUGUGAGUUUAAAAAGACCUAAUUAGGCUGUCAGAAAGUAAAGAAACAAGUAUAGAAGUUUGCUUCGUUACUUUAUAGUGUCUGCUUAGAGUCUGGAGAUAUGGAAGUUGGAACAAACGUGACAAUACAUUCACUUCAUACAUUAAACACUUUUUAAGUUGGCAACCAUUUUAGAGUUUUACUUUACGGAGGAAGUACAGUAAAGUAAAAUGUUCUCGCUGUUAACAUGGAGACUGAGCUGGAGACUUCAUUAUCGCAUUCCACAAAAUGUGAGCCAGAAUGCAAGGUGACAAAGACUAAUGACCUGAUUUCAAAGCAGUAGAAGCGUACAGUGGAACAGUGGAAUGAUGUGUUCACAUCAAGCCAUCUAUCACACAGUUUAGUUGUAAUGCUUUUCAUUGCUUUGACUGGCAUAUUUAUAUUCUGCCAAAGAAAGAGAACAAUUGUGCAAUGGUUUUAUAUUUUAAGUAUUUAUGCUGGAUAUUGGAAAGGAAGUGUGUGUGUGUGUGUUGUUUGUGUGUGUGUGUGUAUGUGUGUGUGUGUGUGCGUGCAACAUGUUUGUAAAACAGUCAUCAACCCGGUGUUCAUAACACUCAGUUCAUAAUGGCCAUUAUCAUAACAAUGUCAAUGUGUGAUGGUUAUGAGCUUACUAAUGAGAACAGUGUCACAGGUCAGACUAACAUUUUGCAAUGGCAAUACAAAGGUGGCUGCAUUUAGAUUACCUUACACAGUAGCUGUGUGACUUGGCAAAUUGUAACCCAUGUCCAUGGAAUUGCAAAUAUUGUGUUUGAAUACAUUUUCCUGGCAACUUAAUAGCAAUUUGGUUCUAAUUUCAAAUCACAUGAGUAUAUAUGAGUUUUUUUAUUCAACCAAAAAACUGAACAGAUACAAACAGUCAACACCACAUAAUGUCAUAUAAAGAUCUCUAGCCCAUGAUCAAUCUAAAAGAAAAAAUUAACAUUUAGUAGAUUAUUAUAGGCAUUGGUUGAAGCUCAGUGU